UCAGCGGUACGUUUAUCCCAUGCCACUAGUGGAGGUGUUCGCUGUUCGUGUUCAGGUGAGCGCGUACAGUUAGUUAUACUGUCCUUAUUCCGCUACUUUCAUGAGCCACGGAGAGGAGGAGGAGGACCUGGGGGCACAGUUGGCCCAUCGUGGUAUGCGAGCACGGACAGAAGGGAGACUGGACAGGGAGAAGACGACACGGAGAGCGGCCACAGCCGACCCCAACGCGACAUGGAGAUGACAACCCGCAACUUGCACCUCGACUCCAAAGUUGACAAUUGCGAUGGAGUGAUCAACAGAAACGGCGUGGACAUGACGGAGAUAUCUGUGCCACUGUCCCACCCCGGGAAGCGUAUGCCUCAAAUCGAGGGGGACAAUCUUUAUAGAUUGCGAGACAGAAAGUUUUUAUUGGAGGACAAAAAGCGUCUGUGCGCUUGGGCUCUGGGCACCGCACUGCUUGGGACACUGCUCAUGAUACUGCACGCGGAGCUGUGCCCGUUUAUUUACCAAUCGGACUCCCGCUACGCCUUUAUCAUCCACUGCUCCAUCAGCAUGUCCACUGGUUGUCUUCUGAUUCUCAUCGUAGCCUUCCAUUAUAAGGACAUCAGGCUCUUCAUCAUUGACCACAACCAGGUGGACUGGCGCAUCGCCAUGACAAGCCGCAGGGUGCUGGGCAUCUCCCUGGAACUGCUGGUCUGUGCCAUCCACCCUGUGGGCACCUACUGGGAGGUGGGCGUCCCCGCGCCCAUCGCCAGGGAGGGGGUAGAGGUCAACUCGUCCAACUCGGCGCCGCUGUGUGUGUCCUCCCGCCACGGGGAGGCGCUGUUGGACACAGAGCUGCUGCUGUCGGUGCUGAUGUUCCUCAGGCUGUACCUGGUCCACAGGACGAUCCUACUGCACAGCAAGGUGCUGCUCAGUGCCUCCUAUAGGAGUAUCGGCUCGCUCAACAACAUCAACUUCACGUUCCGCUUCGUGCUCAAGGUGCUGAUGAACAAGUACCCAGCGCGCACGCUGAUGGGUUUCAUCUUCUUGUUCUGGCUCAUCGCCUCCUGGAUGCUCACGCUGUGUGAGAGGCAGACACAGGAGGAGACUGGUCGUAUGGACACGGCUCUCUGGCUCAUUGCCAUCACCUUCCUCACCGUAGGAUACGGGGACGUGUCCCCCAAAACCAGCUGUGGCAAAGUGGUGUGCCUCUUCACCGGAGUCAUGGGUGUGGCCUGUACCGCCAUGCUGGUGGCCGUCAUGACCAAGAAGCUGGCGCUGAACAAAGGAGAGAAACACGUGCACUUCUUCAUGAUGGACAUCCAGAUCUCCAAACGGAUACGCCAUGCUGCUGCCAAUGUGCUGAGGGAGUGCUGGCUGCUGCACCGCACCAACCUGACCAAGGGCAACAGUGGAGAGCACCGGAGACACCAGAGGUGCCUACUGGAGGCCAUCAGAGUAUUCCGGCACCUGCGCCUCAAACAACGGAAGCUGAGAGAUUACGCCAGCGAGAUGGUCGACCUGCCCAAGAUGCAGAUGAUCAUGUGCGAUUUGAGUGCCAACUGGAACAACUCGUACCGGGAGCUGGAGCAGCGCAUCAUCUCCAUGGAGCAGAAGUUAGACGAGCUGGGCCACUGCUUCCAACAGACCUCUGAGCUGCUGGCACAGGCCCUGCGCUACCGCAACCCUGAAAUCAGGUGACUCGUGGCUGUGUGGUGGUUGGGUGAACCACACUCCCUGCAGGCCUUUCCCAAAGACUAAAGAUGGAUGCUACCAGCCUUGUAUGUAAUUUCCAUCAGACCGGGAUGGGAAUCCUAUUCCCCCCAAAGCUGCAUUUAACAUUUGGCCUGCUGCACCACUUGAACUACUGCCAGGACCAAGGCUGGCAUCGUCUUCUGACCCGGCGGCUGAAUAGACCCAACGCAACGACUCGUACUUGUAUAGACAAAAAAUGAAAAAUAGUUCAUUUGACUAAAGCGGGGUCUGAUAUAGAUGACUGGUGUAUUUGUAUCAGAUGUAUUUAAUGUACAAAGUAUUGCGUUAAGAAUCUAAAUUAAGAACUACAGUAACAUAGCCUCUGGUUCUGUAGCUUGCGUCAUCUCAGAGAGGUUUAAACAGCGUUUUUAAAUGUGAGGGGAACUUAUUUGUAUGCCACUCAGUAUUGACAGCCUCCCUCAAAGUGUCUUUCAAUCAUACCUUUUUCCACAAGUAAAAGCAAAACGGUUAUUCCACACGUUUUUCCUAACAGGAAGUAUAAAGCGGCAACAUCCCAGUGUAUGGGACAACUGCCUCAUUAUUAGAGAGCUGCUGGUCACUUAUAAAAUACACAUCUCUGUUCUCUUACUGUUCUAAUCCUCUCCGUUUGGUUAGAUUAGGGAAUAAAACACAAUCUCUUCACAUGGCCUUAGUUAGAGGGCUAAACUGCUAGUCAGUUGCCAUGUCUCAAGGGCUGCCCACUCAAACACUCCCUAGGGUACUGGGGAGUUACCAAAGUAGAUUCUGAAUUUAACAGACUCUUUCGCAUAAAGAACUAAUCUAGACUGUUAAGGCCCGACAUAUAUUGUUGUUUUAAGGAUUAUUGUAUGGGGAAGCAGUCAGUUUACAUAGUUAAACUGUUCUUAUAACAAUCAAGUGGCAUAGCCUAAUAAAGUACGCAGGCUGGCAUUUACUGGGAUGACUCAUGUACUGGAGGCAGCUCUGCAGAGUGGUCACUAGCUGGACACAGCCACAAAGUCAUUCAAUCUGAUUUGAAACUGAACCCUAACCACACUGCAAAACAUAAUGCCUAACCUAAUUUUGUUUUCAUUAAUUUUUUACAAUAUAGCCAAUUUUGACAGUUCUGCCUCCAGGGCAAGACUCACGACAAUAAACGUCAACCUGCAUAAAGUAAAGGGUGACAUUGCUCACUGUUAUUCUAAUUCUGAUGUGGCAGCUCCCCCCAGUGGAUAUGUACAUGCAUGACAAUUACAAACACCAGUCACAGACAUGAAUAUAUGUCAUACGAUGUCUUAUUCUUGGUCUCUGUGGAAGCCUAUGGGUAAUAAUACAUCAUCACAGUCUAAAUACUUUUGAAAUCUUUAACCAAACAAAACUUUUGUGACAUGGAUUGUUUUUUGGACUAGUAACAGCCAAAUUAUAUUUAGUACACAGGUAGGAUUAAAAGUGGCCAGUCUUCAAAGAAGGGUGCAUUUUUAGAACACAGCUCUCAAUACAUUUUGCACUCAAAUGUGAAUGGGGAAAUAUGUGUCAGUGGCACUGCAUUGUCUUAUAUGCAUAAUUUAUGUCAUUCACUUUGUGAAUCCACAAAUUCUACACAUGUUCUCCAGCCCCAAUGGUAAAGCUGGUAAUCUGGGGCAUUACCAAAUUAAGGACCUUGUGAGGACAACUAUUCCCAUGGUUGUAUUUAAACUGGAGUUCUGCGUCCAUUAAGUGGAGUUAAGAUAUGUAAUUAAAUUUUUUUAAAUGUUUUUUUUUAACGAGGAUCACAUGUACAGGUAAUAUUGUGAAAUCAGCUUACAAAGGAUAGAUUAUGCAACAAUGAUAACUGAAAACGUUUACAGCUUUUCUUUUGCACAUGAUAAAACCAUGCAUUGUAAAUACA